UCUUUUCUUGACUUUCAUUCAUCUUGUUGCAUUUUCAAUAUCCUGUAAUUCUGUGUUUUGGAUUUGAAGGUUUCCUGUAAUUCGAUCUGCAUUGAUGAAAUUUCAAAACCUAUCUGUUUCGAUGAGGAACAUUAGGCCUAAACUAUGGAAAUCCAUCGUCUUCUCAUCGAGAAUAUGUUACAGAUCAGUUUGCAAUCAUCCAUUCAUGGUGGUUAUGAUGACUUUCAUGCUUUACAUGUACAGAUCAUUUCCUUAUUUGUUUUUCCUUUUCCUUUCUGCUUCUCCUGUUCUCAUUUCCACCGGUAUUCUGCUCGGAAUCCUUUUGAUAUAUGGCCAACCUAACGUACCUCAUGUUGCGAAGAUGGAACAAACGAUAACGCGUAAGGUUGAGCCUGUGAAAACUGCAGCUGCAGUUGGGAGAUUCACGGGGAAGUAUAUGGAGGAAACGAAUUAUUCAGAAGUAGAUACGGAAAGUGAAAUGGAGAAAGAAGACGGAAUUUCAACCGUUUUAGCGAGGGAGAUUCAAUCGGAUAAGCGGCCGAUUGAGGAGGUGAAAGUGUCGGGAUUUAUGGUGAAAAGAGGAAUUGAUGAAGAUAAGAUCGAUAGUAAGAAAGGUAUAGGAAAUCAUUAUUCGUUGAUACAGGAAGUGGUUGAUGAAGAUGAUGACGAAACAGGUAAAGAUAGGUCACCUGUGGAAUCAAUUGAUACGCGAUUGGCGGAUAUUGCUGAUUCGUCAGCUUCACAAGGAGAGGAGUCUGAUGAAGAUGAAGUGGUUUCAGAUACUGAGUCUGAUAGCGCUGAGAGUUCCAUACCAGAUCCAUCAAUGGCAGAUAUCAUGCCAAUGCUUGAUGAGUUACAUCCUCUUUUAGAUGAAGAUGCUCCUCAACCUGUACAUGUAACUGAUGACGAUGAUGAUGAUGAUGAUGAUUCUGCCUCUGAACCGUCUCAGAACAACGGUGAUAGUGCAAAGGAAUCAGACGAUGAAGGUGGUGAUGAUGAUGAUGAUGACGACGAAGAUGAAGGAGAAGAGAGUGGGAAAGAAGAUGCAAUGAAGUCUGUAAUCACAUGGACAGAGGACGAUCAUAAGAAUCUCCUGAAUUUAGGAAGUUCAGAGCUAGAAAGGAACCAGCGUUUGGAACACCUAAUUGCUAGAAGAAGGGCGCACAGGAAGAUUUCUGAAAGAAACCUAAUAGAUUUAGAAAGUAGUGAUCUUCCCUCUAGUGUUGCACACAUCUCCACAAAGAGACUUAACCCAUUUGAUCUUCCAUUUGACGAAUCAUUCGGUCUGCCUCUCAUUCCUGGAUCAGCUCCUUCCUUAAUGAUACCGAGACAAAACCCUUUCGACAUUCAAUUUGACCUAAACGAAGAGAAACGCGAAAGCAUUCAACAUCAACAACAACAAGCAGUCAAGCCUUCUCAACCAAAGGAGUCAUCUUCAUCUUCUUCUUCUGCUGCUCCUGCCUCCUCUUUCAGAAGACAUGAAAGUUUCAACAUGGGGCCAUCAGUAUUUGCACUUUCCAGACAAGAGAAGUUUGAUGCGAUUUUCAGACCUUACUAUUUUCAAUAUCAGUUGGGUUUGGAAGGGACAACAAGUUAUUCUUCAAUUCCAAGAAACGCAAGUGAGCCGAGCGAAUCUAAAGCUAGUUCUAACUCUACUUCGUCUGUGAGUGAUGAUGAUCAAGAGGAAGAUAAGAAACACAAUGAAGAAGAAGAUUUAUCAGAGGAGCCUAACAUUCUCUGCAAUUCUGAUUCAGAACACCAUCCUUUACAAAGUGUUGGUCAUGAUAUCGAAUCAUCAUCAUCGUCUUCAUCGUCAUUGAGCGAGGAUGCUGGGGAACGCUAUCAAACAGAGGACGACAACAACAGAAAUCAUCAUCCUGAACAAACUGAAAAAAUGUUGGAUGAAAGAGACCAUUCACCAAAAACAUUGGAGGAAAUUAGGACUGGGGAUGAAGAUGCAAAUCAGCAUAAGGAAAAGCCUGUUUACGAUUCAAGCCCAAAUUCAGUUCAACGAAGUCUUUUCGCCAAUUCUUCCGACUCAACCACAAUGGACAAUGGAGAAUCUGAUUCAGGUAACCGAAGCUUAGAGGUGGAUGAUGCAUCAUCAAAGGCGAUGCAGCCUUCAGACGAAGGACAGAAGAACAACGAUGGUGAUUCAAUUACUGUAGUUAAACACUGAACAACAAGAAGAACAAACUGCGACCAUUGAUGACACACGGUACAUAGAAGAAGAACCAGGUAUUCAUUCGAUCUUUCACUUUCACAAUUUGAGUAGAAGAUUGUAAAGAAAUGGAUGUCAUUUAUUUUUUAUAAGAGAAAAUUAAAGAAGGCUAGGCUAGCUAUAGAAGUUUUGUUUAUUUGUUUUGCAUUUGAACUAAUUCUUAAAUGUUACUUAGCAUUCAUGAAGAAGAGAUCAAUCAAUCAAUAUUGAUGGGUUAUUG